GAGGAAAGAAACUGUAAAUCUUAAUCCUAGCUAAACCGUCUCCUAAUAGGAGUCUAAUCUUUCCUUCCAUGGAAUCGAUUAAAUUUGGCAGCGGAUCUGUAUAUAUAUCAGGACCCCAGAAAUCUCUGACGAUCAAAGAGGUUCCCCAAUUCUACUGCUCUCCACAAUCUAUCACAACUAGCGACAUCGAUGAUUUCCAAGUCGACCAACAUUAAGCAGCUGAAAAGCCCCAUUGUUUCUCUAUUUCGUUCUUCAUCAUCAGUGAAUUUAUCCAGUACCACGAAUUCGUCCAUAACGAAACCUUAUUUAUUAACUCCUCCUAACACUCUUCUUCUUCCCCUCUUUUCCUCUAAAGUCCUAACUUCAAAACAGAGUCUUUUCUCCAAUUCGUUUUCCAUUACCAGAGUAAUUCAUAGUGGCGGCGCUCGUAACCUUUGCUCGAUUUCCUCCUUUCCUCCCACAGAAUGUGAGGUUAACUACCAAGCCUCCUCUUCAUCAUCAGAGGUCAAUGGUCCCACUCAGAACAUAAAAAGGAAGAACCUUUGGACUCUUUGGACAUCAGUUCCAGUUAGAGCUUAUUGCUUAUCCCAUAGAAUUGAUUUGAUGGGAUUAAUGACUGAGAAUCAAGCCAAUUUAAUCCCACAUACUCCUGGGAUUGGCAACUACGUUGUUCUUAGAUUUGGUGACAUUACCGUUUCUCGUUCUCCUCCUCUUCCUCCUAGAGACUCUUACAUGGUGGUUUUCAAAUAUGGAUCCACUGUAAUGUUUAAUAUGCUUGAUCACGAAGUUGAUGGCUAUCUGAAGAUUAUCAAAAAACAUGCUUCAGGAAUGCUACCUGAAACAACCAAGGACGGAGGAGAUUCUUCACAAAAGUACAUUGAUUGCGAGUUGAGGGAAAAGCUGAAGUUACCCGCGUGUAUGCAAGGUGGCUUAAACCAUAUGAUGUUGCAGAAUUUUAACAUUGAUGGGAUUUGUACAGUCGCUAGUGUUUUUGGUCAAAGUGUUGCUCUUGACUACUACUCUCGCCUGGUACAUGAAUGGAUUUCUGAAUAUGUAAAUGUGAAUAUUGGAUUGGAAGAAAGUGGUAUCUUAUGCAGCACUAAGAGAUUAGUUGAACUGGCACAGAGAACGAGUGGUGAUGCAGACAUUGUUUAUUCGUUUGGGCUAUCUGAGAGAUCAGAUGUUACUUGGAAAGAAGAUAGUGAGUACUCGCAUAUGUUUGACUACCUUCGAGAUGAAUUUAAAUUGACACAGAGGUUUGCGGAUUUAGAUCGUCAGUUCAAGAUGGGUGAGCUCAAUAUCUGGUUCACUGUAGUGGAAAUGGUUAUACCCCAGGCAGUUGGGCGUGUAGCUGCAUGUAUAAUAUGUAUUGCGUUGUUAUUGUGUUUACCAGUAGUUAUUUUACCAAUUAGUGCAGUAGAGACCUAUCUCAUGUCAAUAUGAAUAGGAAAUUGGUCGAGUGUGUAUUAUAAAGUAAUUUAUGGUUUUGGAGGACUUGCCCCAGUUUCCUGGCAGACAUGAAAAUCUGUACAUCAAGGUUGCUUUGUAAGUUUAUCCAUACUUAAAUAUUUAAUGUUUGUUAAAUCUGUA